AUGACGGUCAGGUCAUUACAGCAGGAGGAGGCAGCUCCCACAACCCCGAGCUGCUACACAAGUGGGACAACUCAUUCCCCAGAUCAUACCGUCUAUACUUCCACGAAAAGGAAUCCUCAAAAACUCCCAGAACUUCCCAGGGCCCUAUGUGACCCCACCCUAAGUUAUUUGCAGCCCUCAGUCCGUGAGCCGAUACAAACACGUCCCCCAGCUGCAUACCCUCCCGGACACCAGGAUGCGUACGGCACGGUCCAUCCACUAUCAUCGUCCCUCCCACUGCCCGCCGAGCAUCUGCAUACAUCAACUUCCUAUAACAACCCGGCGUUUGGCAUUCCUCAAAAUGGUAAACCUCAUCGCGCACGAAUGGCCUGCGAUCCGUGUCGAGCCCGGAAAGCAAAAUGCGACGAGAAACGUCCCGCUUGUGGCCACUGCAAGGAAACUAAUCUGAUCUGUGUCUACAAGGAUGUACUACUCCCUAAACUUGACACAGACACAAGUCUGAUCCUAAAGCAACUCAAAGAGCUGAAAGAUCUUAUAAAUAAGAAGAUGUCCGAGUUGCAAAAUGAUCAGGCCAAAAAUGGCCUCCAACUGAGCCAGCUGACCAACAGUGCUUUACAAGAGCAGAGCUUUCGCGUCUCCAAAGAUCCGUCGAAAAAAAUUCCCCAACAUUUGCUAAGAAUGAAAAAUGCUGAGGCCUUUGAUAAAAAUUACGUUCGGAAGGCGAACGCGCUCGGCACUAACAGCAACCAGAUUUUCGUGACUGGCGAAGAUGGCGAGCUGUCUAUUCCUAUAGAACAUACUACUGCCGCUCACAAGUUACUGUUAUGGCCCUCCAUCAAAGAAAUCGUCCAGCCUUCGGGAUAUGAUAAAGAUUAUGUGAUGCAGUUAGAAGAGAAGCGCGGUCUCAUUUGCGUCUACGGACGAGGGGAAGAUGACAAAACGAGCGAGAAUCCGAUGGUUUCGGUUUCGACCAGAUCAAUUAACACGAGUGCCGCCAUACCGGAAGCCUACAUGCAUUCCCCCUCCCCCAGCGAGCCAUGGGGCGAAAUCAACCAGCCGCAGUCGAAGCUCACGGACGUUGGACUGGAUGAUUCCGGUCGGGUAACAACUACCCCGGAUACAAUACGUCGCUAUUAUAGUAAUUAUAUGGAGCAUUUUCAUAAGCUCCAUCCGUUUCUUGAUCAGAAAGAUUUAGAGCAGAAGAUCGAAUGGUUUAUCAAGGCAUAUUGUCCCGGCACGGGAGCCGAAAUGCCCCGGGGCACUAAACGGAAACUCUCGUGCGACGCUCUUCAAGGUGCAGGACGCGAAACGGGAUCCCCCGUUACCGUCCGAGCUGAGACAAGAUCCCAUAUUAUUGAAAAGUCGAUCAAUAACGCCAUUAUCUUACUCGUCUUAGCGCUGGGCAGUAUUUGCGAAGUUCGGGACCGACCCGUUCCUGGCCCCAUCAUGGAUUGCCCUUCUUCGCCCAGUAUGUUUUCUCUUGCGAGGUCAGACGCGGUAAUGGCCUCGCAGGCCAACAGCUUCCACUCGAACCCUACCUCUUUGAAAUCCUCCUGGAUGGGAGACGGUCGAAAGAAUACCGCGGGACGUCCCUAUACUAACGAUCAGACUCUACGAAACCUUGAUAUCAUUCCCGGAUUGGCAUUUUAUGCAUAUGCUACCGGCAUUCUCGGGAAUCUCCAAGGCGCGAAUGGUUUAUACCAUGUCCAAGCGCCAUUACUUGCGGGCCUCUAUGCCGGUCAACUGGCUCAUCCUUUCCAGAGUUACGGGUGGAUUUCUCAGGCUGCCCGAGUCUGUCAGAUUUUGGUUCGACCUAAACGGUAUGAUAAGAUGUACGAUGGCCCUAUGAAAGACUUGUAUGCUUUUGCGUACUGGACCUGUCUUCAGUUAGAAAGUGACAUUUUAGCCGAACUGGACCUCCCCCCUAGCGGUAUCUCGCGAUUUGGGACGCACGUUUCAUUUCCAAAGGGUUACUUCACUCACAGUCUUCCGAACGAGAUUUCUGCACCUGAGACGAUAAUGAUGUUUUUCUACUCAGCGCAGAUUCACCUCCGGAAGUUUCUCAACCGCGUCCAUAUGAAUUUGUACAAGGCUGAUAAGAAUCGCCAGUCCCACUGGCCUCUUGAAGUGCUGGAGAUCUUAAGCACAAACCUUGAGCAGUGGCGGGAUAGUCUUCCCGAAAUUAUGAAGUGGAAAGAUAGUGACCUCCCGUCGAAUGAUAUCAAUGUCGCCCGUAUGCGGGCUAAGUACUACGGUGCCCGUUAUAUCAUUCAUCGGCCUCUUCUUUAUCGUGCACUCCACUGUACGGGACAAUCAAAUGCUCGGGCAUCGUCAGUUGGCUGCCCGGCCACCCCGGCUGCGGGCACCAAGGCUUCCGGGCUGAAAUCGCAGCAGAUCUCCCCGUCAAUGACCCAUAGCCAAAGUGCUACCGACAUGAGGCGCUGGCGGAGCGAAACUGGCCCCGCGUAUGCCCCGUCACCCCCGAAUCAAACCGCGGGUCCGGGCCAGUGCGCGUACCACGAGCUACCAAAGGAACUGCGUCGCGCAUGCAAUAUAUGCAUCGAGUCCGCGAUUAAGAGCACAGAGGCUUUUGACGGCAUCAAAGGCCGACCCAUCCUCACUAACAUAUUUGGAACGGCACAUGCACAGUUUGGUAAUAUGCUAGUCUUAUCGGCUACAUACGAAUCUCACUUGUCCGUGCUGGUUAACCGAAAUGACCUCGAGCGCCUUCUGCAGCGGACGAUCAAUUUCCUGUUACAGAGUCGCUAUAUAUCCCCCACUCUGCGCGCUGACGCGCAAAUCCUGACCCAGAUCUACACGAGGUUCUUUGGGGAGCCCGCAGGGAGCUUCACAUCGCAUGUUAACUAA